CUCAGAUUGAUACAUAAAUUCCAUCGUAAAAGAUUCCCAGAAUCAACGAGCAAAUGAAAGAGAAACAAAAGUCAACUAUACAAUUAACCUUUCCACACUGGGUCCUUGCCAGAACUGCAACCAUGUUUUUCUUUGAGGCCCUCUCCACUAUACGAGAAGUCAUUGUCUCCAAAUUCUUUAACUUUCUGCUGCACAAGUUGGGCUCUUCCAAUUUCUUGCAAUUUGCCAGUGAAAAACAGAUUCACGAGGGGAUCCACAAGUUGAGGAAGGCAUUGCAGGAGAUUCAUGCAGUGCUUGAUGAUGCUGAGGAGAGGCAACUAAAGGAUCAGUUAGUGAAAAUCUGGUUGUCCAACGUCCAAAACUUGGCCUACGAUGUGGAUGACAUUUUGGAUGAGUUUGCAACAAAAAACUUUGAGAUGCAAUUUGAUGGUGAAACGUCGAGGUAGCUCAUGUAAGAAACCCAGGUUCAUGAUUUAUGAUUCAUACAAUGCUGUUUUGUUUAACAGGGACAUGAUGUCCAAGAUAAAUGAUGUCAUUGCCAGAUUGAAAGAUUUAGAACCACAAAAAGAUCAGUUACAGUUAAGGGUGAUUGACUGCCAUAAAUCCAAAAGGAUAGAAGAACGGCAGCAGGCCAGUUCUGUGGAGAUUGAAACUCAUGUGUAUGGUAGAGACAAAGACAAGGAGGUUUUACUUGAAUUGCUCCUCAACAGUGAUGAUGGAGGACAUUUUAUGAUUCCCAUCGCUGGUAUGGGAGGGAUUGGCAAG